AAUGGCGGACAAGGAGGAGGCAGUGAAGCAGUUUGUUGCUGUCACCGAUGUAGAUGAGGAAAGAGCCCGCUUUUUCUUAGAGUCCGCCAGGUGGGAUUUACAGCUUGCCUUAGCCAGUUUCUAUGAAGAUGGCGCUGACGAUGACAUUGUGACCCUACCUCAGCCAGAAAGCGCCUCAGUGUCACGCCCUGCUGGUCCAAGGAGCCAACCCAGAGUGACUUCCUUCAGGGAUCUGGUGCAGGAGCAAGAGGAGGAGGACGGUGAUGAGGAGGGGCAAAGGUUUUAUGCUGGCGGAUCAGAGCGCAGUGGGCAGCAGAUCGUGGGUCCCCCUAAGAAGAAAAGCUCCCAUGAGGUGGUGGAGGACCUGUUCAAGGGUGCGAAGGAGCAUGGGGCUGUGCCUGUGGAGAAGGCAGGCAGGGGCCCCGGGGAGCCCAGCAGGGCGCAGCCAUUUGUAGGUGGGGGCUAUCGGCUGGGCGCUGCCCCGGAGGAGCAGUCUGCCUAUGUGGCUGGAGAGAGACGGCGUUCUGAUGCAGCACAGGAUGUGCACGUGGUCCUGAAGCUGUGGAAGACAGGGUUCAGCCUGGAUGAUGGAGACCUCCGGAGCUACUCAGACCCUAACAAUUCCCUCUUCCUGGAGUCCAUCCGCAAAGGGGAGAUCCCGCUGGAGUUGAGGCAGCUGUCCCGGGGGGGCCAGGUUAAUCUUGACAUGGAGGAUCACCGUGACGAGGAGUUCAACAAACCAAAGUCUGCCUUCAAAGCCUUCGCAGGAGAAGGGCAGAAGCUGGGGAGUGCAACCCCCAAUUUGGUAUCAGCCACUGGAGUCUUUGGCGGGCAACAGGACCAGGUGGCUAAUGAAUCCCAGGCCAGCGCCUCCGUUGCUCUUGACGACACGCAACCGACAACGAGCAUCCAGAUCCGGCUGGCUGAUGGAGGCCGACUGGUGCAGAAGUUUAACAACAGCCACAGAGUGUCAGACGUGCGUCAGUUUAUAGUGGGUGCUCGUCCUGCAAUGGCUGCUGUGGAGUUUGUGCUGAUGACCACAUUUCCCAACAAGGAGCUAACAGACGAGAGUCAGACACUGAAGGACGCCAAUCUGCUCAACGCUGUCAUUGUGCAACGGCUGAAGUGAAGGCGCCCCCCUGCUGGCCGGGCUGAACCAUAGCAUCCAGUCCUUACCAAGGAGACAUGGACUGGCGGACUUGCACUUCCUUUUUUGUUACCUUUUUAGUGAUGCAUUUCCCUCCUCAGUGGCUUGCAAAACAAUAUGUUUUCUUCCAGGUGGAGGAGGGUGGGCUGUCGUGAAUACUUUAAUGCCGAUGGUGGCAACAGUGGAGGAAGAUGAUGGUAUAAGGA